UGCCCUCCCUCCGCCGCCCAGCCUCCGCUGACGAGAUCGAAUCCUCAAAAUCCUAAAGUAUCUCCAGACCAAAGCGCAACCAUGGCAAUCAAUUCAGCCACCAUGUCAUCUUCUCUCUGGCGCUGUUCCGCCUCCGCCGCCAGGCGACCCUUCUGGUCGCGCAGCGCCAGUUUCCUUGGAUGCAACAAACGUAACAAUGGGAUCUGCUCGAGGCUGUCUUGCGUCGCCCCUACUGUCUGGAGGUACCCCCACAACUUGGACUCAGACUCGGAACCCAUGCCGCCUGGCCGUUGGUGGAUGGAGGCGCUGCUCGAAGAAGACGGCGAGUUUUUCCCUCUUGCCGAUUGUAUUCCAGCUGGUCAGGGCAGAAAAGAACUGGUUGCUAUAUGGCAUGCCCUCGUCACUGCCCCCCUCGAACCCGUCCUUGUCACGCUGCGUGAGAUCGUGGCCGCUGGCAAUUUCUUCCGCUGCCGCAGCUUCCACGCCGGCACCCUCUCAGGCGUUUUGUUAGUUGUUGGUGGGUUGUACCAACUCUGCAAAACAACACCUACUCUGUUCAUGGACAUUGUUCUUGGAUAUAUUUUCUACAAGUUAAGUGUUUUAUCAGCCCACUUGCAAAGAGAUGGGAGGUCAUUUAGCAUAUGUGCAAGGAUACAGCUAAUGCUCCUACUUGUUUUGUCUUUCAAGGAUAAUAGUGCUUUUCAGGGCCUCUACCGUUUUCUCGUUGAAUUGAUCUGGACGCUCAACAUCUUUAUGUAUUUUACAAUGGUUUAUGACGGAGCUGUUGGUGUGAAGCAUGGCAGACUCUACUGGCUCGGGAUCUAUAGAUUGUUGCGAACAAAAGGUGGUCUGAUGAAGGUGGUGAGGAAUACCAUUCUCGAUAUGUAUGGAGGGAACGAGCCAGUUUCAGUAAAAAGAAGGAAUAAAAAGGGCCAGUAGGGAGAUGCAAAUAGAGUGCUCAGGUAGCGAUGUUCGCCGGAAUCACUUAGUUACUGUAGCUAGGCAUAUAUAUAGUUUAGUAGGCUCGAUGGGUUUC